CCGGCCAUGGCCAUGGAUACGAGCGGCAAGGAGAAGGAGGCGCUGCAGCUGCUGGCGGAGGCUGACAAGAAAGUGCGCGGCUCCCAAGGCUUUUUCUCAGGCCUGUUCGGGGGCGGCUCCUCCAGGGUUGAAGAAGCGUGCGACAUCUACGCGAGAGCCGCCAACAUGUUCAAAAUGGCCAAGAAUUGGAGUGCUGCAGGGAACGCUUUCUGCCAGGCUGCUCAGCUGCACCUCCAGUUGCAGAACAAACAUGAUGCGGCCACCAGCUUCGUAGAUGCCGGCAAUGCUUUCAAGAAAGCUGAUCCACAAGAGGCCAUUAACUGUCUCCUCAGAGCAAUUGAGAUCUACACGGAUAUGGGCCGCUUCACCAUUGCAGCCAAGCACCACAUAACGAUAGCAGAAAUCUACGAAAUGGAGCUGGUGGAUAUUGAAAAGGCAAUAGCCCAUUAUGAGCAAGCUGCAGAUUAUUAUAAAGGUGAAGAAUCUAACAGCUCUGCUAACAAAUGUUUGCUGAAAGUGGCCACCUACGCAGCUCAGCUGGAGCAAUACCAGAAGGCCAUUGAGAUCUACGAGCAGGUGGGCACCAGCGCAAUGGACAGCCCCCUCCUGAAGUACAGCGCCAAGGAGUACUUCUUCAAGGCGGCCCUGUGCCACUUCUGCAUCGACAUGCUCAACGCCAAGCUGGCUGUACAGAAAUAUGAAGAAAUGUUUCCGGCUUUUUCAGACUCCAGGGAGUGCAAAUUGGUUAAAAAAUUGCUGGAUGCUCAUGAAGAACAGAAUAUCGACAGCUACACUGAAUCGGUCAAGGAGUAUGACUCGAUUUCCCGCCUGGACCAGUGGCUCACCACCAUGCUGCUGCGCAUCAAGAAAACCAUACAGGGUGAAGAGGAGGACCUACGUUAAGCGGCUGCCCUGCAAUCCGCUGCUCCUUCUCUGCGGGACUCUGCAUGGAUCAGCGGUGGGGGAGAGAGGGGGGAGGGUCUUAGCUAAAGGAACUGGACUCCGAUGGCAAAUGGUUUAUUUAAUCCCUUUCUCGUCAUCCCUCUCCUUGCCACUGUCUCUUCAUACGGCCGAAACAAGACCAGGGAGUAUUGCCUGUGGAUUGGC